AUGGCCGAAGGUGGAGCAAAGAGGAGUGUCCUCCCUCAAGCUAUUCCUUUACCCCCGCUAAGCCGCAUGGUCGACCCAACCGUUACAACCCCGGAAACAGAGAAACGGGUCGUUAAAGCCUUCGUCCCGGCCUUACAAAACAAACCAGAACCCAUCACCUGGCGUAUGAUUGGGGCGAGUGUCAUUACUGUCAAGCUAGUCAUCUUCUGUGGCAUCCUGGAUGGUCUUCUCAAGACACGCUAUAACUGCCUUAACGUUGCUCUCGACCACCUCGAAGCCGGCAAGUCGGUGGCAGUCUACAACUCUAACGUAGACUCCGAAACAAAAAGCCCACUGGACUAG